GUCAGUAGGCUGCAGCUAAAGGUGGUGGUGUUGCCAGUGACUAUGCAAGGGGAAACCACGGCAAUACGAAUCACGGAAAACGAAGGCAAACUGGAUGUAUUCCCCCAGAACAGGACUCCAAGCUCGGGUAGAGCAAGUACCAAAAGCUGGCAGUAUAGUGACCACAUGGAGAAUAUUGAUGGCUACUUGAUGAAGUAUACCAACCUGGUGACAGGCUGGCAGUACAGGUUCUUUGUUCUCAACAAUGAAGCGGGCUUGCUGGAGUACUUUGUCAACGAGCAGUCACGGCCGCAGAAACCGCGUGGCAUGCUCGCCCUGGCAGGGGCGGUCAUCUCCCCCAGCGACGAGGACUCGCACACUUUCACUGUCAAUGCAAUCAGUGGCGAGCAGUACAAGCUCAGGGCAACCGAUGCCAAAGAGAGGCAGCACUGGGUGAGCAGACUACAAAUCUGUACGCAGCAUCACACAGAGGCAAUGGGGAAGAGCAAUCCUCCACCCAAGUCACGCAGCUACUCCAUGGUGUCUCAAGGCAGCAGCAGCUCACCCAUGUCCCUGCGUCGAACCAGCCAGAACCCUGCCACCUUGUUCAACUGGCAGACACACAAGGGCUCGUCACUCUACUCCAGCAAGCGGUCCCUGCUGCCAGACCAUCUAAUGGAUGCCAGAGAAAUGAUGAGCCAGGCUCAGGGCCAACACAAAGACCUGAUCCAGGGCAUAGAGUGCCUUCCUGCAGCCCCUGGACUCUCUGCUCUGGACCAGGACCUGCUAAUGCUCAAGGCCACCUCCAUGGCCACUAUGACUUGUCUCAACGAGUGCCUGCACAUCCUUAACCUGCAGCAGGUGGCCAGGCAGAGAAGUUCGUUUGGAGGAUCCACCAUAGAGUGGCUGGAGCCCAAGCUGCCUGACAUCCUGAAGAACGGCAGCGACUCGCUGGGCAGCUUCACAACAGGAGAGGGCCUGCUGGAAGACGGCCACCCGGAGCUCAGCAGCCCGGAGUCGUGCAGCUUCUCCGGGGAGCAGGAAGACAUUGAUGCCGAGGAUGAGAUAGCGGACUCGUUCACAGACAAAGAGGAGGAGCUGGGCGCUGUGGAGGAGGAGCGCAGUGUCAUCUUACACCUGCUCUCGCAGCUGAAGCUCGGCAUGGACCUCACGCGAGUUGUCCUGCCCACCUUCAUCCUGGAGAAGCGCUCCCUGCUGGAAAUGUAUGCGGACUUCAUGUCGCACCCAGACCUCUUUGUGGCGAUCACAGACGGCAGCAGCCCAGAGGAGCGCAUGGUCCGCUUCGUGGAAUACUACCUCACCUCCUUCCACGAGGGCCGCAAGGGCGCCAUCGCCAAAAAGCCCUAUAACCCCAUCAUUGGCGAGACCUUCCACUGCUCCUGGAACGUCCCCAGGAGAUCAGAGGCCUCCUCUAUUGAGCCCCCACGAGGAAGCCCGGACCAGGCCGCCUCCCAGGAUUCCUACCAAGUGCGCUUUGUGGCCGAGCAAGUGUCCCAUCAUCCCCCCGUGUCGGGCUUCUAUGCCGAAUGCCAGGAAAGGCGCAUGUGCGUGAACACACACGUGUGGACCAAGAGCAAGUUCAUGGGCAUGUCCAUUGGAGUCUCCAUGAUCGGGGAAGGCUGCCUGACCCUGCUGGAGCAUGAUGAAGAAUACACCUUCACAUUGCCCUGCGCAUACGCACGCUCCAUCCUCACCGUCCCCUGGGUGGAACUGGGGGGCAAAGUCACCAUCAAUUGCGCAAAGACGGGCUAUGCUGCGGUCAUCACCUUCCAGACCAAACCCUUUUACGGCGGCAAACUACACAAGGUGACGGCGGAGGUGAAGCACAACCCCACCAAUGCAGUCACGUGCCGCGUUCAGGGGGAGUGGAACGGCGCGCUGGAGUUCACGUACACCGGCGGCGAGACCAAGGUGAUCGACGUCACCAAACUUCCUGCUACGAAGAAGCUGGUUCGGCCCGUUGAGAAGCAAGGACCGACUGAAUCCAGACGCUUGUGGCAACACGUAACUGAGGCCUUACGGCAGAAAGACAUGGAAAAAGCCACGGAGCACAAGAGAAUCCUGGAAGAGAGACAGCGGACGGAGGAGAGGCACCGGUCCGAGACAGAAACAUCCUGGAGGACCAGAUACUUCGACAAAGAGGGUGAUGGCUGGAUUUACCACAAACUGCUCUCCAAAAGCUCCGCUGCCAAAUCCUAAUUUCAACCCGACUGUGGUGGAGUCAGGAAAGCGCUUGCAUGUGGAAUGAGAGCAAGAUGACUUGCACUGAGUUACAGAUGGACUCGUACUAUUCACAAAGCCUCCAAGCUUUUGUAUUGAUUAUAUACACAGUAUAUAUAAUCCGAUGUUAAUAAAACCUAUUCUUGUACAGAUAUUCUAUAGCCUUAAACUAGCCAGAUGAAUGAGGAAUGACAUUGUAGUCAGAUUUUCACAGAUUAUAUGAUUAUGCAUUGACCCUCUGCUGGAAUGCCCCCCGCCCCCUCCCCAUUUGACCUUAUAUCCUGCGUGGUUUUGCAGUGGAGGGAAGAACUUGCUGUACAUGCAUGGUUGCUGCUCCUCUUGCGUCUGCGUUACGCAUUUACACGUGUUGUAAAAGGUUUUAAGCAAAUGUUGAUGUUUUGUAAUGCAAAUAAAUAUCAUUUUCUUUAAAUGUGCUCUGUUUGGUGUACAGCAGUGGUUCCCAAACUUUUUACAGUCGCGUACCCCUUCAGACAUUUGACCUGAAGCCAUGUACCCCCAUAAAAACAUAAACCUUUUUAUCUUAACUUGAAAUAUUGAACAUAAUUUUAGAGUAAUUCCGUGUCAAAAAUGUGUAUUUUGCAUGGUCACAUUUUGAUAAAGUUUCACAUUAGCACUGAAAAACAUAAGUAAUCAUCCUACAUAUCGUUUAUUGCAGUUUGAUGUUAGCAUCCUUUUGUUUAAAUGGCUUGGAUUUUUUUUUGUCCACUCACGAUGGCUAAGGUUUAAUUCUGCAUAUUCAAAAGUUUAAAAGUACAAAAAUGCAUAUACUCAACAAUAAAGCCUCAUUUUCGAGGGAAUCUCCACUAACAAGAGACAGGUUUUCACCGCUACACCGUGCGGGGAUUGGAAUAGCGACAUACAUGAACUCUUCAAGAUGAAACACUUAGUGCACAAAACAAUCAUCAAACGUAUUUGUUCAUUUGGUGCUCACAGGGUCAUGAACAACAUGCCGUCUCCCUUCUGCUCCGUUGUCCUUGCGCCGUGAGGCGUUCAGGUGCACUUUGUCACACAACUAGCAUUAGACGCUAGCCGUUUUUCAUUUUUAUUCACCCCCUUGACAAUAGGUGUACCCCACUUUGGGAACCUAGGGUGUACUGUUAAUGAAGACAGUCACGCUGGUGCAUUAUUU